AUGGGUAAACGUUCUUCACCGCCACUAUACAUUAAGCUUCCUGAGCAUUCAAGCUUUUUUAACCACAUGUCAAAGAAACCAAAAAUCAUUAUUCCUGAUAUAUUACCCGACGGAUCACCAUUGCCGUCGCCUACUAAGAGCGAAGAAACAUUCGAAAAAGAACUCGAUCGAGCCCGAAAAGAAUUCAAGCAAUUUAAUAAGGAUCUCGACGAGAUAUCUCGGUCUGUUGAAAAAUUGGUUCAAGAGGCGCCGGAGUGGUUCGCGGGAAUAGAAGAGAUAAAAAAGAAACAAGAUAAUGUCGAAGAAUGCAUCACAGCGACACAAGAAAAAAUCUUUGAAAAUGAACAUCGUCUAAAGAAACUGCAGACUUUACAAUACGAAGCAAACGAGGAUAUAAAUAAUGAUUUGAAGCAAAUUCAAGAGCAACUCAAUGAGCUACUGGAGAAACAUCGAACAUCACACGCAAAUGUUCAAAAUCUUGAUCAGAAUCAAUUAAGAACUACCGAACAACUUGAUUUAAUGCUACAAGCAAUACAUGAGUAUGCACGUUUAAUCGAGGAAUGUAGCGCUACAAUUAAACAUUUCGAUGAUAUUGGAUCUCCAAUUAAAUAUGAGUCUUUGGAUUUGUCUCCGUUUAAACGAGAGGGCAAUUCAUAUUUCGAAGAACACAUUUAUCGCGCAAGUCGUGCGACAACCCCCAAUGGAAGUUUACCCACUUCACGAUCUACGUCACCAAUAUUUUUUACAAAUUCUGGUGCAAGUACACCUGCUAUCCCAUCCGUUCAAUCAUCUGAUCCAUCUUCUCCAUUAUCCCCUACUGAUCCACCAUCCACUUCACCACAGCCAAUACAUCCACUUCCCUACUAUCAAUUAAGACAUCAACAACUUUUGUUAUUGGGAAUGCGUCGAGCAGCUGUAGGACUGAAGUUUUUACUGUAUGCUAAACAGUUGAAUGAUUUGAAGAAUGGUCAUCCGGAGAUUGAUUGUGAUUUGGAUGUUGAUUUAUUUGGUGACUCGCUGGAUGAGCGCUCUUUUUCGAGUUAUGCUACAUACACAAAAACUGCCGUGUUCAACAGUAAAGAUUGUGAUUAUAGUAGCAGUGAUACUGAUAGCACGAAAACGAGUAGUGACGAUAGCAUAAAUAAUUGUGAUAGUAACGAUAAUAACAAUAGUAGCAACAAUAGCAACAAUCAUGCUGGAGGAGGAAGAGUCAGUUUCACAAUAAGGAAACGACCACACAUAUUUCAUUCUUAUGAUCUACUAAGAUUUGACAAGAGAAAUAUUGUUAAACAACAGCAAAGUUGA